CUAGGGAUAUUCUAAUCAUCCCCCUUCAUAUAUAAUCCCCUUCAACCCAUCUUAACCCCUCUAACACUACUCAAUUCUUCUUCUUCUUCAUCUUCUUCUUCAUCAACAAGCAAAGACAAACAUGUCUGCUUCUGCAAAUUCUCAGCUACUCUUCCAUGACCUUCUUGGCGAUCAUCAAUUCCAGUACUCUAGAAGGUUACUGUUCCUUCACUCCCACCUCAACUCAUCAACCAACCCCUCAUCUUCCAACAACUCGGCAGAAUCCUCCUUCCUCGGAGAUGGUAACUUCGAUGCAAAUGUUAUCAUGGUACUGUCUGUCCUCUUGUGUGCUCUCAUCUGCUCACUGGGUUUAAACUCCAUCAUCAGAUGUGCCUUAAGGUGUUCCAACGUCGUCGUUCUCAAUAACAACGACUUGAACACGACGAACCCUCCGGCUAGAUUAGCCAGCACCGGAGUGAAGAAGAAGGCUCUCAAAACUUUCCCUACAGUGACCUACUCUUCUGAGUUGAAGCUCCCAGGUUUGGACCCAGAGUGUGCGAUCUGUCUCUCUGAGUUCAACAAUGGCGAUCGCCUUCGAAUUCUUCCAAAGUGCAACCAUGGCUUCCAUGUUCGUUGUAUUGACAAGUGGCUCAGCUCGCAUUCGUCUUGCCCUAAGUGCAGGCACUGCCUUAUUCAGACCUGUCACAAGAUCAUAGGGUCAGAAACGACGACGUCCCAGCCAUCUUCUGCUGCUUCUGCUGAAACUAUUGUGAGGAUCGCACCUUUAGAACCAGAGGGCAUGGUACGUAAUAACGAUGCCUAGAAACAAACGUAGGAAUUAAGCUUAACUACGAUCAUUUUCAGUUUAAUUUUCACUUUCUCAUAAGUGUAUAUAUAGAGUUGAGAGAGAUCCUGAGGAGUUAUUACUGUUAUACUAAGUGUAAUAUAGCUAUUCUGAAUUGUAGUAGUUUUUGCAUUCUUUUUUCAAUAAUAUAUAUUGGGAAAAGCUAUUUAUUUCA